UAUUGAAAACAAUCUGAAAAUAUGUUUAAUUAUUGAUGAAGCCUCAACGAUAUCUUGUACACCAGUUGUUAUACUUUUCUUAAAAGUUGAGGAUUCAGUUACCUCACCAACAAUUUUCGUUGAGCUAAUUGGAAUUAGAAAAACAAGAUGCAGUGACAAUAUUUUCUUCAGUUAUGGACAGUUUAAAAAAUGUUGGAUUUACCAAGAACUAUCUACAAAAACAUUUAAUAGCAUUUUGCUCCAAUGGUGCCAGUGUUAUGCUUGGGAGAAAAUCUGGAGUUAGCACUAGAAUAGCCAAAGAGUUCCCAAACAUAAUAAUAUGGCACUGCUUAAAUCAUCAUCUUCAACUUGUUUUAGAUGACUCCAUAAAGGAAAUAAAGCAAGUAAAUCCUUUUAAAAUAUUUAUUGAUAAAAUAUAUACUAUUUUUCAUCAAUCCAAUAAGAACCAAAUUGAACUUACCAAAAUAUCUGAACAACUUGGAAUUGAAAUAAUAAAGUUUGGUAGAGUUUUGGGACCAAGAUGGGCUGCCUGUAGUUUAAGGUCAACCCUAGCUGUGUGGCGUGCUUAUCCAGCGCUACAUCAGUAUUUUCAUACAAAUGAAAAAUACUCGGGUAUGGCUGCCCGUCUUGAAAAUAUAUUUUUUAUGAAUGUUUUGGCAUUGAUGAUUGACAUUCUAAAUGAAAUCGCUCUUCUAUCAACGGCAUUGCAAGCAAGAAAUAUAGACAUAAUAAAAGCUGAAAAACUUGUAAUAAGAUCUGUUAAAGCAUUUGAAAUGCUUAGAAAGGAAAAGGGUGUAUAUGAAAAAAAAGUUGAUGUAUUACUUACUUCAGACACUUUCAGAAGUAUAAAAUUUGUAGAAAAUCGCCGAUUUCUUGGACUUCCUCGGGAAAGACUUUUGGAAAUCAUUAUAAUAAAUUUGAAUAAAAGACUAAUGGAUUGUGAACAUUUAAAAACAGGUAGCCAAUUUCAAGACAAGAACAAACUACAAUUUCUCAAUUUUUUGGAGCCAGAUUACUGGAAUAUUGGCGAAGUAAUAGUUCCAUGGAAAGCAGCUGAAGAACAAUUGCUUGAAUUUAGUGACAUUUUUAAUUAUGAAAUUAAUAUUAACGAUUAUCGGGAUUUUGUAGAAAAUGUUUUAAAAGAUUCCAAGAACUAUGCCAUUCCUGGCAGUAUUCAAAAAGCUAAAAAUAUUGUCAGAACAAUUGCUGUAAGUUCAGCAGAAGCAGAAAGGGGUUUUUCAAAAAUGAACGUCAUAUGUUCCAAGACGAGAAAUCGCCCGAUUCCAAUAUAGCAAACAUAAUGACUGUUAGUUUAAUUGGCCUACCUCUAAAGGACUGGGACCCUAUUCCUAUAGUAAAAUGGUUACGAGUAAAUCACUCAGCUGAUGAUGCUCGAAUAAAACUGAAAAAAAGUGAAAGUGAGGAAGACGCCAAUCAAGCAGCAAUUUGGAGAUACCUAACAUAGGUUUUAUUUUUUGUAAAAUGCUUGAAUAGUUUUGUAUAAACUUUUUAUUCAUAUUGUAAAGUUCUUGUGUAGUUUUGUAUAGU